AUGGAUUCAAACUUAUUACGUUUAUUAAUAUGCAUGCUGCUUGUUCGAAAUGUGUUGACCAUUCCUGUGAGUGAUGUACCCAGGCUUGUGACCAGCGUUCCCGAUGCGGUGAACGAAACAUCAAUUUUGUUUUCUUCAAAUCAUACUUCAACAAAAUCCACUGCUCAUACCGAUAGUGAUGAGGAGGAGGAUGAUGAGGGUUCGAUUGAAAUGGAAGAGUUCGAAGGUGACGCUGACAGAGACACUUUUUUCGAUGAAACUUUGGGAGUAAAGCAAUCUCCUUCGCUUAUAGAAAGCUCUUUCAAAAACAAAAAGACCUUCUCAUGCCCCCAAAUUAAAACCGAUCUUAUAACCGGAACAUCAGUGGGAGAUCUUAGUCCUGAAGACGUUACAAUCAUAGCAGCUAUGGGCGAUGCUCUCUCCACAGGGAUUGGUUUGUGGCCAAGAACUAACAUUGAGUUCCGAGGAGCUGCGUUCAGCAUUGGAGGAGAUGCUACUAUCGAUGGCUUAGUCACUGUUCCUAAUAUUCUGCGAGAGUUCAGUCCUCUGUUGCAUGGGGUUUCUCAUGGCAUGGGAUCCAGUGAUCAGUUACCUGAACAUCAGUUGAAUUUGGCGGAAAGUGGAGCUACAAGUACCGAUUUAGUUGAACAGGCAGAGGAACUGGUACGGCGACUGAGUGUUCUCAGAGAAGUCAAUUAUUUGAAAGAAUGGGUCAUGAUUAUCAUCACCAUCGGAACAGAAGAUAUGUGCCUGAGGUGUAGUGGAGCUAACUUCAACGCCAUUUCAUCUGCGAUUGACACUCUUCGAAGUGGAAUUCCUAAAGCCUUUGUCGUUUUGCUUGGACCAUUGCAUGUGGCUUCAAUGCACAACCAAAACGAAAACUUGCUCAGCAAGAGAUGUCCGUGUAUAACAGGACAUGACAAAAUUGAGGAACUAGCGAAGAACUGGAGCUCUGUAUUCGUAGAUAUCCAAAAUUAUGUGGACAACUCUGAGUUCAAGAGCCCUACUUUUGGUGUCCUGGCUAUUCCAUCGUUGACAAUCACUUCUCGUUUUCCUGAUGGACUGUUUCUUAUAAAGAAGCCUCUGCUCAGUCGAAGAGGACACAUGUAUGCCACAAAGUGGCUUUGGAAUAGACUUAUUGCUGGUAGCUCAUACAAUUUGUCAUCAGCUAUUCUCUCUAGAGAUACAUAUUUCUGUCCAUCUACGGGUUGUCCUUACUUCCGCACAACAGCUAACAUGCACGGAUGCCAACUAUUGAGCAAAGCAGAGUUCCAAGAGGGGAAAGAGUUAUACUUAGGGCAAGAUGGGAAAGUAGUGAAAAAGCCUCGUCGAUCGAAAGAGAGCUUGUAUGCAAUUGCAUGCAUUAUAAUAGGAAUAGCAUUCUUCGUAGUUCUUACACUAGGAACGAUAUUCUACCAGAGCAGUAAACAGAGUGAUCACGGUCGUUUUGAUGUAGUUGAACCGUCCACACUCAAAUUCGAGCAGGUCAAGAAAGAGGAAGAACGAAACCUUUUAAGCCGACAAAACACCAGAGCUAAAAGUACGGAGCCGUUCAACAGAGCUCAAAGCAUGAGCACUCGAAGACUAAACUCGGAAUGUGAACGUAUCUCCAUAGUAGAAUAG